AUGAAUCUUGCUUAUCUUAAGAUAAAAUUCGUAUGUCGUUUGCGACAAAAGAUAAUUUGUCACACAUCACUCUAUUUUGAAACACGCUGUGUGGUUACUGCUGAGUUAUAAUAGAAUCAAAAAUGUUGCUUGGUGUGGCUAUUAUUGUUGGCUUGCUAUGGCUCUUUUAUAAACAUUGGGUAUCCAACUAUAAUUACUGGAAAAAGAGGGGUAUACCAUCUUAUCCAGCAGAAUUCCCUUAUGGUAGUGAUCCGAAUUUAGUUCAAUUAAAAAAAUUUAAAGGAUACACUAUUGAUAAGAUGUAUCAUGAAUUUGCUGCAUAUCCAAUGUUUGGAAUUUUUGUUCUAAAGAAACCUAUGCUGAUUGUAAAAGAUCCAGAAUUGGUUCAGCUAGUUUUGACAAAAGAGUUUUCACACUUCAGAGACAGGGGCCUGAUUGAACUUACACAAAAAGAUAUAUUAAAUCAUCACUUAUUCCAUCUUAGAGGAGAUAAAUGGAGAGCUAUAAGAAUGAAAAUUACUCCAACAUUUACCAGUGGAAAAAUGAAAGCCAUGUUUCCUCUUUUCAUUAGUUGUGCUGAGAGUUUUAGCUCUCUUCUGUUGUCAAAAGCUGAUUCGAAAGUUGAUAUAAAGGAACUAGUAGGUCGUUUUACAGCAGAUGUCAUUAGUACCUGUGCAUUUGGCUUGGAAACUGAUGUUAUAAAUCACCCAGAUAACAAACUUAGAAAGAUUGGAAUCGAAAGAAUAAAAGUACCAUUUAUAAGAAAAUUAAAAACUGCUUUGGCCAGAUUAUUUCCAGCAUUUUCAGCAAUAUUAAAUAAAAGAUCCAAUGAAUCAGAAAAUCAAGAUUAUGUCGUAAAUUUGGUUAAAAAUAUAAUAGAACAAAGAGAAAAUAACGGCAUUGUAAGAAAUGACUUUAUAGAUUUGUUAAUACAAUUAAAGAAUAAAGGAAAUCUUGGAGAUGACAGGCAGGAAAGUGAAGAAUCAUUUGAAAUGACCCUGGAAUUAAUGACAGCCCAAUGCUUUUCUUUUUUUCUUGCUGGAUUUGAGACCUCAAGUUCAGUUCAGAGUUUCUGCCUCUAUGAACUGGCACUUCACCAAGAUAUCCAAUCAAAAGUAAUUAAUGAGAUAAAUGAAAAAAUAGAAAAGAACAAUGGUCUUACUUAUAAGGCUCUGAAUGAAAUGGAAUAUCUGGAUAUGGUCAUAUCAGAAACAACGAGGAAGUACCCUACAUUAUCUGACUUACACAGGGAGUGUACAAAGUCUAUAACACUUUCUUCUGGUCAGAAAAUAGAGAAGGAUACUGCGAUUAUAAUUCCUACUUGGUCUCUUCACCACGACCCUCAAUACUUUCCAGAUCCAGAUAAAUUUGAUCCUGAACGAUUUUCACAGGAAAACAGAGACUCCAUUGUUCCUUACACUUACCUGCCAUUUGGUGAAGGGCCUAGGAUGUGCAUUGGAAUGAGAUUUGGACUACUUCAAACCAAGGUGGGGAUUCUGACUGUUCUUCGAAAAUUUAAGAUCGAACCGUGCGAAGAUACUAAGAUCCCUCUAGUAAUGGGAGCGAAUUCGGCCACGACUUCAUCUGAUAAGCCUAUUAUUAUAAAACUUGUAGCAAGAUCUUAAAUACAUUUUUUUCAUUUGGGUAAUAUUGAAUAUAAUUAGUCCUACUCUGUUUAUGGAUUGCAAUUCCCAUUAAAUUUAUUAUCUAACUCAUUACUUUAUAUUUAAAAUUUACUUCAGUCUUUUUCCAUGUCUGAAUAUAAUAUAAUAACAAUAUAUGUAUAUUAUUAUGUAAUAUGUAUAUAAUAAUAUAUAAAUAAAUCAAUAAUCUGAGUGUUAUUGUCUAUAA